GGAAAGUAUAACACAGUAGUCGCCAUUUUGUUACAAGGUUCACUUAUCGUUAUUGAAUUUAAAAACAUUUAUCAAUUACAGAAUGGCAUCUCAGUUUGGUACUGCGAAAAACCCUCCUUGGGCACGAACUGAUUUGAUUCAAGUGACAGCAGCAUCGAGUCCAGGGAAUGUAGUGAACCCGGCCCUGGUGUCGCCCCCUGGUGUCGCCAGCCACUCGGUGUACAGUCUGAACUCUGCCGCCCCCUCUCUUGCUCAACAGCAGUUUAAUGCACAGCAACUCACUGUGAUGGGACUACAGCCACAGCAAGCAAUUCAGCAGCCGAGCGCGCAGGCUGUGUUGAGUCAGCCGGGCAUAGCCAUUCCGACUUCCCUGGCCUCAUCUCAAGUAGCCACGGUCAGCUAUCCCCUCCCACGCACAUCUCAGAUCCCGGGCAAACAGAGGGUCUUCACGGGAACCAUAACAAAACUACAUGACAACUUCGGAUUUGUCGACGAAGAUGUCUUCUUCCAGACUAGUUGCUGUGUAAAGGGUCCGUCUCCCCCCAAAGCAGGGGCUCGUGUUUUAGUGGAAGCCACAUACAAUGCAAACAUGCCGUUCAAGUGGAAUGCAACCCGCAUUCAGGUUCUACCUAAUCAGUCCGGCAGUGCUCAGAAUCACAGUGGUAAAGGAAUGCCUGGCAUGCAACAACAGUCGGUGGGGAUGCCAGGACAGAUGUCGGUCGGGGCGAUGAACCAGGUUCCUCCCCCACUCAUGUCUCAGACGCCACAGCCUUCUAUGGGCAUGUACCCAGGUGGGGGUCGCGGUAACCCGAUGCAUGCUCGUAAUGACGGCAAUCGGUUCAGUAAGAUGGAGAGAGACAAACACCGAGACCAGGACCGAGAGAGAGACCGGCGCGAUCGCCGAGAGCAGCGACUCAAACGCCAGCGGUCGCCCAUCGGACCGAAACCGCGGGAAGUGCGUCGGUCUCGCAGUCCAGUCCGCCGGAGACAGCCCAGAGUGGUUCCACGCUACGUAGUGCAGAUCCCUAAAAUAUCCUUUGACUGUAAAGAGUCUGGUGUGAUCACUCUGCGCUCGCGCUACCCGAACAUGUACAUCCCGAGCGACUGCUUCAACGCGGUCUUCUCCUGGACCGACGCCUUCGUCCUCAACCAGCCCUUCAAACUCGGUGCCAACUGCGCCUUCCACGUGAUGCCCAAAGAUGUGGAGCCACUCCACCCCAACGAUGCAGUACUAGACCCCCCGGACGCUGAUCACCUCUUCACAGCCAAGGUGAUGUUACUGGCGUCGCCACCCCUGGAAGACCUGUAUAAGAAAUCGUGCAAUCUAGCCGAAGACAACAUGGAGACGUUUCAGCAUCCGACUCGCUUGCUGCAGUUCCUGGUUGGCGUGCGAGGCAAGAACGAGCCGAUGGCAAUCGGUGGAGCGUGGUCCGCGGCACUGGACGGGGCCGAUCCUGAGGACAACCCGCAGGUUCUCAUAAAGACAGCGAUACGGACGACCAAGGCGCUGACCGGACUCGACCUCAGUGCCUGCACACAGUGGUAUCGAUUUGCAGAGAUCCGCUACCUCCGCCCGGAGACUACCCACAAGGGCAAACAGGUUCCGGCCCGCGUUGAAACAGUCGUUGUUUUCAUGCCCGACGUCUGGAUGUGUAGCCCCCCGCGGCUCGAUUACACCAGUCUACAGGCGGCCUAUGCCAAGCAGCUCCAGAGAAAGAUAGCUGUCUUCGACGGCAAGGACCUCCCACCUCAGGCCGACGACGAAAUGGCGGAAAAUACAACAGAAGAAAAGAACGAUCCGACACACCACGCGUUAUUGGAUCCAAAAUCGAUGAAGAUUGUUGAUCUUCGACGAGAACUGGAAAGUCGCACACUGAGUUCGAAAGGUCUCAAGUCUCAGCUGAUAGCUCGCCUCACGAAGACGAUAAAACAGGAGAAAGAGGACGAAAGUGAACAGAAAAGCAUUCCGGUCCCGGAGCCGGUGAAAGAGGAGGUGGAGGAGGAGGACGAUAAAGACACUGAGCUCAAAAAAGAGGAAGAAGAUAAGAAACGCAAGGAAAAGCGCGAGAAGGCCAACCUGGAGAGAAAGUACGCCUUGCCUGACCACCCGUCUAUAAUCAUCCACCCGUCCCCGACAGCGAAGAGCGGCAAGUUCGACUGUUCUCUGAUGUCUCUGAGCGUGCUGCUCGACUACAGGCCGGAAGACAACAAGGAACACUCGUUUGAGGUAUCGUUGUUUGCUGAAAUGUUUAAUGAAAUGCUGAUGAGGGAUUUUGGUUUUCAAAUCUACAAGAUGCUCUACCACGCCCCUCCAAUCAAGGAGGAAGACAAAAAAGAGAAGAAGGAAGAGAAGGAUGACAAAAAAGAUGACAAGAAGGAUGACAAGAAGGAUGACAAGAAAGAUGACAAGAAAGAGAAGAGUGCAGACAAGGAUGCAGCAACCCCGACUAAGAAGAGAAAAAUGGAGGAGGAGGAGAAAGGGGAUGACAAGGACAAGUCAACAAGUGAUGACAAGAAGAGUUCUGAAGACGCCCGGGAAGAGGAAAUGGAGGAAGGGGAUGAGUAUGAAGAGGGAGACAAAAAUGAUGAUGACGAUUCCGACAAGAAGGACAAAGACAAGAAGGACAAGGAUAAGAAGAAGGAGAAGAAGAAGUUUGUGACGGUCCACCCCGACCUGCUGCUGUCGUUCGUCUACUUCGACCAGAACCACACGGGCUACAUGCUGGACAAGGACCUGGAGGAGCUUGUCCAGACCCUCGGGCUGCACCUGUCGCGCGCUCAGAUAAAAAAGCUGGUUCAAAAAGUAAUAUCUCGAGAUACUUUUAACUACCGCAAGUUCACAGACAAGCCUGUUUCCAAUUCUGACACGGAUACGAAAGAGGAAAAGACAACUCCGCUUACGGCCUCUGAUGAAGAUCUCAGUAUUGGAAAUAUUGAGAUGUUGCAAAAAUCCAAAGGCGGUUCUGCCAGAUCUGAGAAGGGACAGACCCGCAAUGCUGGCAAGAAGGAAAUGUCGGCCAACAUCAUCAACUACAAGGGGGCGCUGCUCGACAUCGACAGUCUGAUGCAGAGACUCGACAAGAGCGAGCACUCGAGGACCGCUCUAGAGAAGAAACUCGAAGAGAUGACCGCAGAGAUAUUUGCUAUGAAGAGUAAUCUGAACAACAGUGAGUUCUCGGAGCAGAAGCUGAGCGCUGAGCUGCGCCAAGUGAAGACGGACCUGGAGACCAAGACGAGCCUGUACGUAGAGGCGGAGACCUGCAAUAAGAAGUGGACCAAGGUCGUAUCGGAGUGUCGUGACCUCGUCUCCACCGCACUCGGAGCCAUGGACUCUGUGCUGCACAGCGACAGCGCGGCCGUCAAGCAGGAGGCCGAGUAAUGACAGGGUCUCGUGUUAGCCUGUUGUUAUUCUGUUCAUCGGUUUAAGUAAACAUCUGCCAUUCUGGAGAGCCGUGUAAAAUUAGUCAAGCGUAUAUUUGUGAACAUUGUCGUGUGACAGAGAAUGUGUGAUUUUGUAGUCUUGUUUUUACUACCCAACUGGUGAAUGUCCAGGUGUGUCGUAGAAAGUUUUAUGCGCACCACCAGUCGUGUGUAUUAGUUGCUACUUCACGUCAUUUUGGUGAGUGAGUCAUCUCCCCUGGUCUUACCUCCGUGCAUUGGCAUGUCUUGUUGAGUUUGAAGAAAUUGUCAGAUUUUUAAAUUUUUAAAGGUGGGUAAUAAAUGAAACCGGCCUUGCUGGUGUCGUGGUUUAGCCAUUGGUCAUGAGGCUGGUAGGUACUGGGUUCGCAGCAUUGUACCAGCUUCCACCCAGAGCGAGUUUUAACAACUCAAUGGGUAGGUGUAAGACCAAUACACCCUCUUCUUUCUCACUAACCGGUAACCACU